AUGUGGCUCGGAACCGACAGCCUAGACAUACAUGUCCAAUACCACCACCAGGCUUUCCCUCUCCAAGGAUCAGAACUUUUAUGCAACCAUGCGGACCACCGUAUGCGGUGGGAAGCUGCGAAACUAGUGAAGCAGACGCUUUCUCUAUGGCCUCUCACCACCUUAACCCAAGCCAGCCUGCAUGGUUGUCUGUCCCGCCCCUCGGGAUCUGAAUGGGCGGAAAGGUUUGGCACUAGCUUUACUGUGCCGCACAGAAAACGGCCAGAGCUUAGAGGCGAGAAGCUGUCCCCGGUUCUCGGGCCCUGUUCCCAGCUUUUUGCUCUCGUUGAGUCGUUGAAGCAGAAGGAGGAAGAGACAUGGAUGUAUGAGCUAGGUGAGAGUGUAAGUUACGAGUUUCUGUUUUUCCUAGUUUCGUUUGAAACCAAGACAUGGGAAUUCCUCCUCCCGGGAAAGACAUAA